GCUGCUUGCUAAAGAUUUUGCGCAAUAUGUAUAUGACAAAGAAGGCAACAUGAAGUCAUCCCACCCCAAGAUUCAGACACACUGUUACUAUCAUGGCAUUGUGGAGGGCGUAAUUGAUUCCAAAGUUGUACUCAGCACAUGCUCCGGUAUCAGAGGAAUUAUUUUGAUUGGUGAACGAAGUUUUGGAAUUGAGCCAUUGGAAAACUCAUUUACCUUUGAACACCUAAUUUAUCGACUACAGGACGUGCAAACAGAACCGUUUGUGUGCGGAGCACCUCAUCACAGUCAAUCAACAAACGAUGAUGGUCAUUCGAGCUAUGGGAGCUUGGUGCAGCACCUGAGAAAAAAGCGAGCUGUUUUACCAACAACCAGAUUCGUGGAGUUGGUUUUGGUUGUUGAUAAUGAUAAAUAUAAUUUGCACAACAGGAAUGAAACUCUGAUUCAGGAGCAAAUGGUUGAACUGGUUCAUAUCGUAAAUGGAAUGUACAGCUCUCUAAAUGUCCGUGUCAUACUGACUGGGCUUGUGCUCUGGAAAGAUAAAGAUCAGAUUGUCAUCAAUGGAACUGCUGGAGAUGUUUUGGGCAGAUUUGUAAGAUGGCGUGAACGAGUCCUGAUCCCUGAGAAGCGGCAUGACAGUGGGCAUCUUAUUCUAGGUAAAGCUCAGUUCAGUGGAAUUCUAGGCUUGGCCUUUGUAAGCACAGUCUGCUCAACCAGGCUUGGAGGUGGAAUUGAUGUUUUUCAUAACAGCAAUGUGCCGACUGCAGCAACAAUUCUUGCCCAUGAAUUAGGACAUAACAUGGGCAUUAGCCAUGAUGAUCAACGAACAUGUGAUUGCCCAACUAAUCGCUGCAUAAUGUUCAGUUCAAUUUCAGGUUCAAGGAAUUUCAGUAGCUGCAGUCAGAAUGAUUUUGUAAGGUUUAUCGAGAGAGGAGGUGGACUAUGUCUUCAAAAUGAACCAGAAUUAGAAGAUCAGUAUUCCCUACCAUCCUGUGGCAAUAACAUUGUUGAUGAGGGAGAGGAGUGUGACUGCGGUACACCACAGAAAUGCUCUAAUCCUUGUUGCAAUGCAGCCACUUGUAGUUUAACGUCUGGCUCACAAUGUGCACAUGGGAGGUGUUGUGAAAACUGCAGAUUCCGUGUUGCAGGGACUUUGUGCAGAGGAGCAGCGAAUGUUUGUGAUCUUCCAGAGUACUGCAAUGGCUCCUCACACUUGUGCCAGCCUGAUGUUUUUAUCCAAAAUGGUUAUCCAUGUGCAAAUGGUACGACAUACUGCUAUGAUGGUUUGUGUCAGACCUAUGAUGCACAAUGCAAGGCACUCUUUGGCUCUACUUCACAGCGUGCACCAGAUGUGUGUUUUGAACAUGCAAAUCUACAAGGGGACAGAUUUGGGAACUGUGGAUUCCAAAACCAGCGAUUCAAGAAAUGUAGACUAAGGUACAGUACUGUUUAUAAAACAAUUAAAUGCAAAAAAAAAUCACUUUUUAACUUGAAAAGUUACUGUUUUCUUCCUCCUUUCAGUAAUGCUGGAUGUGGCAAAAUUCAAUGUAUAAAAGUGACAGAGAGACCUUUUGGUGUUGAUACAAGCACUUCAAAUGUUAAUGGCAUUGAAUGCGUGAAUGCUGACUUCCACGUGGGCACAGAUAUCACUGAUCCUUCUUAUGUAAACACAGGCACUGGCUGUAACAAAGACAAGGCCUGCAUAAAUUUUGAAUGUGUAAAUGCCAGCAACCUUGGAUUUGAUUGUGAUAUCAAAGGGAAAUGCAACAACCGUGGUGUUUGCAACAGUAACAAGAAUUGUCAUUGUGAUGAUGGAUGGGCACCACCUAAUUGUGACACUCGUGGUUUUGGAGGAAGCAUAGAUAGUGGACCCACUCGCAUAGAUACUUCACUUCGAGAUGGCUUGCUAAUAUUUUUCCUUUUGGUGGUCCCUGUACUAGUUUUCAUUGGUUUAAUCAUUUUUUUCAACCGUAAUGCAAUAAAGCAACGUUGGAGAAAGAGGAAAGCUCCACACGCAACGACACAGAAUAGAAGACAAUCAGAGAACAAUUUGUCAAACCAAGGCAAUCGGACGAAUAAUCAAGUUAUUUCUACUGGGAAUACAAAUAUCUAUUCAGAUAUUACUUCACAAAGACAAUAUGCUUCAAAUGAAAAUCCGGUACCUUAUGUAGCCUAUAUACCAAACCGUCAAAAUCCCGUUCCACCUCCUAGGCCUACUGUAACUCCUCAAUCAAAUGUGCCUCCUAGACCUGUUGUGCCUCCAAGACCUACCGCAUCUCGACAGGCUUAAGUUAGACCUUAGCACCUAAUGAACAUAGACCGUGCCUUACAUCCAGUAAUAUUAAUGAUCAAAUGGAUACCUCAGGAAAGCAUUAAAAAGUAUACUAUUUCUCUUUUAUAAUUAUCCCUAAUUAUUUUUGCAACAAAUAGAUUCACAACACAUUUUUAGAAGCCUUACCUCAGUAUCAAUGAAGUUAUAAUGGUAUUACAGCACUUUAAUACCACGGCUGCUUAUACAUGAGGCUCUGAAUGCUUCGCAAAGGUAAAUUCUGAAGUUUUUCUUUAAAAAUAGGACUGGCAGAAUAAAAUGCAAUUAUUCAUUAAAGGUCUUUACAGAGGAUACAUUCAGUUCAUAGUUGCUUGAUUUUCAUAUAUAAAAUAUGCAUACCACUUCAGAAUUUUGGAAUGCAAAUUGCUACGUCCAAGAUGUGCCAUACGUGCACCAUAUUGACUGGGUAACUUUUAGUCACCCUGAGAACAUAUCUGAAAAUAAAAAUAGUUGUUUCAGAAUGCAAAUCAGGAAGGCACCAGAUCUAGGACUCUGAACUACAAAACUCAAAGAAAUCAGUGUAGUUUACAGACACUUUCUCCACUUGAUUAUAUCAGGUAUUGAAUGUCUUAACCAGUGACCUUUAAAAGUGAUCACUGGAGGCCUCUUGGGAAAAAUCCAGGGUAUUUAAGUUUUAGUUUUGAAGGUCCAGGAAAACAAGUGAAAAAACCACAGUCCUCGAAAGAACUCAAGACCAUGGAUGACAUGUUCAAGACAUCACCAAGACAUUCACUUUCAGCUAGAUCAGCGUAAAAGCCUGUCCUCUGCAAAUGUGUGCCAGUUGCAACCCAAAGCCAAAUUUGACUCAAACCUCAGGCAUUUGUGGACUGAUGCACAAAUCUUUUGUUCUACUGAUUCUGCCCGUUUUGGGUACAACUGAAUUUCUUCACUUACAUAACUAAUAUUUGUCUCUGUUCAAAUUAAUCCUACAAUAAAUUGUUUUAUGUUUAUUUCUUUUUUGCACAGUAUAAAUUUGCAAGUCUCUUCUUGAUGUCAAUAGAUUUGACUGUAGUCCUAGUUAUAUGGACCUACGGGUGUUAAUCUGUCUUCAUCUUAACCAUGAACAGAGUAUGUUUGAGAAGCGUCAAUUCAGAGUUAUUUCAAAUCAACAACUAGAAAAUGUAGCUAAUACUUUGGCAUAAUUGCAGACUCCGACAGCAUGAUCAAGAAUGGAAAACUUUACUGGGAAGAUGUUUUGGCUCGGAUCAUGAAAGAAUGAGGUUACAUGAUCUAGAAACAGAAAAUAGCAAUUUAAGUGUUGGAAUGUGCUGAAAAAUUUUAAAAGGGACACUGUGAAUGGUAGAGUAAGUUUCAUUAUUCACCAGCUAAAUUGUUAACACUUUGCACCACAGUGGACAUUUAAUGCAAAAGAAAGCUAACAAAUAGUUCUAUGAAACCUUGUUAUACAAACAUAAGAAAAUGUAAAUAAUCCUAAACUAUUUAAUUUUAAAUUAAUUAGUGCUCACAUUGUCAUUUUCCAAUUCAUUUGAACUACCCGAGUGAAGAUUACUGCUAUCAUAUUAAUUGAGAAGUUGAAUUGCACUUUAAUCUGUUACAUUAGUAAUAAAUCGGUCGUCCACACAACAGGCUGUGAUUAUUAAUUUUGUACUCUGGAGAGUGGGCCGGGCGUAUUCUGUGCAACUGAUUCGUUGUCCCCAUCUUUGAGAAUGUUUGCCGAUUAGCAAUUAGGUGCUUAAGUGCAAGCUUCUCGGUAUGCUGUGCCUGGACACUGAAGUCACACCAUACCAAAAACUACUAUUAAAUCUGAGGCCAGCAGCCUGCAAUGCUGAGUUGCUGAGUCCACUUUGAGGGAUUGUAGGAUAAGGGUCCCAUGCAAAGAGUGGAUAUGUGGGAUUAGAGGCAACAGCCGUGGCGUUUUCAGAGCCUGCACUCUUGCCUCCUAUCCAUGCCUCUGUCACCAAAUUGGGGGCAAACGGAACCCACUCUCCCCCUCCUCCUUAAUCCAGCAGGCAGGUUGCCUUGGCUUGCUGCUAAAGAUUUUUCUCAUCUGCCAAAAAGGCAUAUAAUUUGGGUAACAGUGAAUUUAGUCCCUCCAGUGAGGGAGAAAAUAUUCCAUCCAUUCUGGGUGUUUAAGAGGUUAGUUUUCAAUAUUUUGAGUGUUGACAUAAAAUACUUGAGACACAUUGAAAGCUAUGUCCUUAUAGUGCCUAGCCCAAGUAGUACUUUAUCUGUAAUUGUCUGGGAUUGCUCGCUAGUGAUUAUAUUCAUAUAGUGAUUUAAUUGACAAGCUAUGAAAAAAUGAACAGAAUGGACUGACCUUAAAUUACUUUGUACUCCAUAUUUUCACAAUUUCCAUUUUAAAUAGAUUUGAUAUAAAUGAAUUGAUUUGGACUGUGAUAUUUAAGGUCCAAUCAAUCACAACAGCUUUUGCUCUUGAAUGAAUUAAAAAAAAAAAAGAGGUGCUUCAGUUGAAUCCAAUAUUGUAAAAAAAAUGCAGAGGACUCAAUUUAAAAAAUGAGCCAGGCUUCUAUCAGUUUGGUAUGAAUUGCAAAUUUUUCUACAUUGUUUUGUUUUAAUUAAUAGUUACACUUUCAGGAUUUUUAAAAUUCUACACCCAAUCUAAAGGACAUCAAGAAUGCAGGAGAAUGUUUUGAUGUUCUUCUGGAUUAUCAAAUCAAUAUUUUGUUGCCAUGUAUACACUGUCAGAAUGUGAUGUAUUAAUACUUAUUUUUUGAGAAAAUAUCGUCUACAAUUCUGAAUGAGUUUUAAAAUGUAGAUAAACAAAUUAUUUUACGUAUUCAGUUACCUAUGAAUGAUGAUUGCUAAAUGAAAGAAAUGAAAAAGAAACUAACAAGCAUUUAUAGAUGUACUACAGAUGGA